UUCAGCACGGAAAGUGGAGAGAGUUAAACAAGGCGGACUGAGAAAGCCGCACUUCGAGUGAACUGAUUUUUGUGUGUUUUUGGCGUUUUAAGAUGUUUGUGACAGACAUUCGAAAAGAGUUUUAUGAUGUUGUCGUUAACCAGCGAGUGGCUCUUCUGGUGUCCUCGGACAUUGACGCGCUGUGUGCGUGUAAAAUACUGCAGGCUUUGUUCCACUGUGAUCAAGUCCAGUAUACCCUGGUUCCUGUGACAGGCUGGCAGGACCUUGGCACUGCCUUUUUGGAACAUAAGGAACAGUACCAGUACUUUGUCCUAAUUAAUUGUGGGGUGAAUGUGGACCUUCUGGAGACUCUCCAGCCUGAAGAGGACUCCAUCUUCUUUAUCUGUGAUACCCACAGGCCUGUUGAUGUUGUCAAUGUUUACAAUGACACUCAGAUUAAGCUGCUGAUUAAACAAGACGACGAUCUAGGUGUCCCUUCCUAUGAUGACAUUUUCCGUGACGAUGAAGAUGAGGAUGAAGACGGUGAUGGAGGGGAUUCUGGAAAUGAAAGUGAUGGCGGCUCAGAGCCGUCUGGGAAACGGCGGCGAUUUGACGAGGGUGCACUGGAGAGGAGAAUCGAAAGACAGCGAGCUAAGAGAGAGUGGGAGGCGCGCAGGAGGGAGAUCCUGUUUGACUAUGAGCAGUAUGAGUACCAUGGCACAUCGGCUGCAAUGGUUAUGUUUGAGCUUGCUUGGGUUAUGACCAAGGAUACCAAAGAUAUGCUUUGGUGGAGCAUCAUUGGUCUAACUGAUCAGCGGGUUCAUGACAAAAUCACACAUAUGAAGUAUGUAACAGACAUAGCUGCCCUGCAGAGGCAUGUCUCUCGUCAUAACCAUCGUAAUGAAGAUGAGGAGAACUCGCUGUCUAUUGACUGCAUGAGGAUCUCCUUUGAAUAUGACUUGCGACUGGCUUUGUACCAGCACUGGUCACUGUAUGAGAGCAUCUGUAAUUCCUGCUACACCUCCUGCAGUUUUAAACUGUGGUCUAUCAAUGGCCAGAAGAAACUGCAGGAGUUCUUGGCAGAUAUGGGUCUCCCACUUAAACAGGUGCGACAGAAGUUUAACUCCAUGGACAUAUCAAUCAAGGAAAACCUGCGUGAGGUCAUUGAGGAGUCCGCCAAUAAGUUUGGAAUGAAAGACAUCCGUGUACAGACAUUUAGUGUGCACUUCGGCUUCAAGAACCGUUUCUUAGCCAGUGACGUGGUGCAUGCUGCUGCGGCCCUGCUGGAGAACGUGGAGAAGGACGAGAGCGCUACAGAUAACUUCAUUAAAGCGCUAGACUGCCUCUCAAGGAGUAACAUAGAGAGGCUGCAUUUGGGGAUUGAUCUGGCUAAGAAAAAACUCAAGGCCAUUCAGCAGACAGUUGCCAGCUGUAUUUGUACAAAUCUCAUUCUCUCACAAGGACCUUUCCUUUACUGCCAUUUACUGGAGGGAACUCCAGAUGUGAAGCUAUUCUCCAAGCCUUUGGCCCUGACUCUGCUCUGCAAAUACCUGCUCAAAGCCUUUGUCUGUUCUACGCGGAAUAAGCGCUGCAAGGUGUUGCCACUUAUUAUGGCUGCCCCCAUGGAUGUAGAAAAGGGCACUGUGAUUGUCUUGGGCAUUCCACCAGAAUCUGAGACCUCUGACAAGAAAAACUUCUUUGGCAGGGCAUUUGAGAAGGCUGCUGAAAGUACAAGCUCCAGGACACUGCAUGAUCACUUCGACACAUCAAUUAUCGAGCUAAAGAUGGAGGACAGAGGAAAGUUUCUUGAUGCGCUCAUCACCCUCCUGUCAUAAGGCCUCACUGCAUGCUGGAAGCUCUCCUCAAACAUCACACAUCAGAAUGCCAGGAAGUCAGGAUAUACUGUAUGUAUGUUGGAGUAGAAAUUCCCACAUCUCGCCCAGUCUGAGGACCCUGAGGAAAGCUCAUAAACACACACUCAACUGCUGCAUGAAUGGAAUUUUACACGCCUCAAGAGCAACUGUGAGAUUUGCCAUGUUCCCAGUCAGUUUGGUGCCAAAUUCAUUUCAGAGCUUCGGCAUGUGUGCAGUGAGAGCUGCCCUCCUGAAGACCUCAGCCACUGGCUGGGUACCCAUUACUGCUCUGCAGGUGUUUUGGUCAUGUGGUGGCAGUCACGCAGGCCAUGCAUGUGUAUUAUACUGUACAGACAUUUGAUUGUGUUGUAGCGUUAAUGGUUUGGUGUUUUUAUAUGU